AUGGAGCAGAAAAGGUUCGAUACUCCCUGUAAAGAUACCCUACACUACGACCUACAGUACUCAUCUCUAACCUCCAAUAAUUUAGGUCCAAAACAGAAGGAAUGGGUCCCAAUUGAAAAUGCUCCGCAAGGAAAUCUAAAGAUCACAUCGGCGACCAAGAAAGACGAGCAAGGAUACAAAUGUACAGCUAGAAACGGUGUCGGCAGGGACAUCUUCAAAACCAUCGUGGUUACUGUCACUCUGCAUAUAGUCAUUCACACAACUCUAUUUUCAGCAGCUCCCAAAAUUUUGCCAUUCGUCAUCCCGAAGCGCUUGCUUGUCGGUGAACGUUUUGGAGUGACCUGUGCUACGGCAUCAGGGGGAAAGCCGUUUCAGUUUGUCUGGUUAAAGGACGGCCAAACGCUACACCCAAGCAAGAGCGUGAAUAUAGUGGACAGUUCCGAGUACUCGACGCUAAGCAUUCAGAACCUUGUGCUGGAGAAUUCAGGAAAUUACACGUGCGUCGUCAGCAACGCUGCUGGCACUGAGUCCUACUCUGACUCGUUGGAUAUUAAAGCUCCUCCAGUGUGGGUACGCGAGCCUGAAGACACGUCAGUGACCGCAGGCCAGUCCACUGAACUGCAAUGUGAAAGUAAAGGACACCCAACACCCACAGUCACGUGGAAGCGAAUAGAUGGCACGACUGUCACCACUCUAUCUGGACGAACCAUCAAAAUUGCCAGUGCCUCAAAGGCUCACCAAGCCACCUUCAGUUGCCUUGUCACCAACGGUGUUGGCAACGACUUGCACAAGACAGUGCGGUUAUCAGUAAAAUCUGCCCCUAAGAUCAUUCCUUUCACGUUUCCAAAGAAUUUGCUCGUUGGAGAGCAUUUCAGCGUAGCAUGUGCCAUCGCUUCGGGUGAGAAGCCAUUUCGAUUUGUCUGGCUAAAAGACGGCACGACGCUGCGUCCCGGCAAGGAUGUGCAAAUCGCGGGUGUCUCGGAGUACUCGACAACGCUGGCUAUUCAGAACCUAGCCCUGGAGAAUUCUGGCAACUACACAUGCGUAGUUAGCAACGCUGCUGGCACGAUGUCUUACUCUGAAGCACUGGAAAUUAAAGCUCCUCCUGCUUGGAUACAAGAACCUAAAGAUACUACUGUGACUGCUGGCCAAUCGGUUGAAUUGCGCUGCGAAGGCAAAGGCUUUCCAAGGCCAACAGUCACAUGGAGACGGACAGAUGGCGAGCAGGUUGUUACACUGAAUGGGACGACCAUCAAAAUCGCUAGCGUCAACAAGGCCCACCAAGCCACCUACAGAUGUCUUCUCACAAAUGGAAUCGGCCAUGACCUCCAGAAGACAUCGCACCGAAGCUCCAACCGUUUGUGA